AUGGCUUCAUCAACUACUUCUCCAGCUCUCCCACCGGUUUACUUCUGGCGGCAAAGAGAGCCUGAAGGAGGGUGCUUCUCGCAAUGGUACCAUUGUGCCUUCUUCGAUCCUGAGGAUCCGUCCGUGGUUUAUCCCACUGCAGAGCACUACAUGAUGUACCAAAAAGCCCUCCUCUUCAACGACACCGCCAUCGCCCCUCGCAUCCUCUCCGCUCGUCACCCGCGCGACGUCAAAGCCCUGGGCCGCCAAGUAAAGAACUUCAACGAAGCCAUCUGGCGGCGCGAGCGCGAGCGCAUCGUGCUCAAGGGCAAUAUCCUCAAGUUCACGAAUCCCGUGGCCAGGGACGAGGGGAGUGGCUGGUUUGUGAAGGUGACUGAGACUGUUUCCGGCGAAGAAGGAGAGAAAAACGAAGAGGGGACCAGGACUGUCACGACAAGUUAUACGCUCAGAGAGAUGCUGCUGCGCACAGGAGACAGGGAGAUUGUGGAGGCGAGCCCGAUGGAUCGCAUUUGGGGGAUUGGGUUUGCUGCCGGGAAGGCUGAGGAGGUGGGUAGGGAGAGGUGGGGGCUGAAUUUGUUGGGGAAAGCGUUGAUGGAGGUCAGGAGGCUGCUGAGGGAGGAGGAAAGAAAAAAAAGAAGGAUGAGGCGGGGAAGGGGAGGGGGAGGAGAGUGA